AUGUUUACUCAAUUUUCUGAGGGCAAGGAGAACGGCGGUCUAGCCACCACUAAGGAGACGAGCAUUUUAGGCCUGCAAGCCCGGUUACCUGAAUUUAUAUCGGAGGACCCCGAGUUCUGGCUGGCCCAGGUCAAAGCACAGUUUAAGCUGGCCAUAAUGAUUAACCAGCUGGCCAAAUUCACGCUGCUCGUAGAUCAACUCCCGAGGUCUAUGGCCUCGGGUUUGCGCAAAAUAGUGUGCAAUCCACCGCCGGAUCGACCGUAUGAUACCCUCCGCGAUACAAUCUUGGGCAGAUACGGUAUGUCAGAAAAAUACCGCCUGAAACAACUGCUAGACGACCUGUUUCUGGAAGACAAUGGCCUGGACACCCCGACAAAACUUCGAAGUUAUAUUUAG